GAAGGGUGGUAAGGAGGGCGGCGCGGAGAAGGGCGCGUGGCGGCACCGGGGGUGUCAGUCACGGCCCAUCUGUCCAGCAUCGAGCACAUCUAUGGACAUAGUUGCAGUAACGACUGUCGGUUCGAACGUACGAAAGAUGAAGUCGCAUCAAUCGCGAUUUUCUUUGGCUGGAAUGUAGACGUCUAGGAUAUAUCGAAUGGAAGAAAGAAGAUAACGAUCGUCGUGAAAGAGAGAGAGAGUGAGAGAGAGAGAGAGAGAGAGAGAGAGAGUGAGAGAGAGUGAGAGAGAGUGUGAUUGAUCGGUGAUCGAUUGCGUGAAACAUCGUUCGAGUGGCGAUUCACUCGCGCGUCGCAAACCAAAUGUUCCCCUCCGAUUUGCUCGCAAGCUUUUUGCAAAAAGCAAAAAAGGGUGGCGAAGAGAGGGGAGCAAUAUCGCGAUAUUCUCGAGCCUUUAUCCCGCGAUAAAGUGAAAGCAGAGAAAUUCGUGGUAUACUUAGGAAUAAAGUAUAUCUCUUUAACAAGAAUAAAAGGCAAAAUCGCGUUCAAGAUAAAUCAUUGGCUGUGUGUUUAUAACGUAAACGAUAGUGUUCAUCGGCUGUAUAGAUAUAUGUCGAUAUAUUAAUAUCGAUCCGUUUCGAAGAUAUCGUGAAGAAGGAAAAAUAAAGAAGAUUAAGAGGACGGUAAGGAAGAAAAGGCUAAAGAGAAAAAUCGUGACGAAAUAAAAGAAAGGAAAGGAAAAACACAAAACGAAAAGAAAAUGUGAGAGGAUGUUCUCCCAUAAUCAAAGUUAAAAUUAAUGAUUCGUGUUUCGAAUAACUUUUUCGAAAUCGACACGAUUAUCGAUUAAAUAAAAAAAAUAUACGCACGUAAUAUUAGCAAUAAAAUAGCGCGUUCUCCUUCGCGUUAGUCAAUGAGCAAUAAACAAGUUCGGUCCUUUUCGUCUUCGUUAUCGUUUAAGAGAAAUUAAGAACGCGUUCGGUGUGGAUCGAGGAGUCGACCAACGGUGGUGCUCCUUAUCGCUAUCAACGACGCUGGACGAUAUAUUUUUUUAAUUACAAUUUUGGUGUGAAAUAAGUAAGAAAGAGAAAGGGGGCGAAGACACGACAAGAUGGCGUUCGCCGCGGCAAGAAUGAUCCUCAAGGACAAGCGGCGGAAGGCCAGCAAAGAGGACUUCGCACCGCGAAACAGAAGCAAGGCCCGCAGCGCCAGUACAAGUAGCUUUAGAAGCCUGAGCCAGGCACGCAACAAACCAGCCGAUGGAGUUGGCCAUGUGAAUCAGAAAGGUGCGACGGGUCAAAAGGCACCGUUAGCUGCUGGACAAAAGGGGGCUCCUGGUGCCAAGGUCGCGACAAAGCCGGCGCAGAAGCCAACAGCUCAAAAAGGACAGGUCAAAGUCACCCCUAAGGCUGCCUCCGUUAAAACGGGAAAGAACAAAAAGAAAGGUCAGAGGCAACAGUACGAUCUCAUCGUCACCAUAAAUCUGUCCGAGUAUGGUCUCACGGAAGAUCAAGUGGCUGAAUUCAAAGAAGCAUUCAUGCUGUUCGAUAAAGACGAGGAUGGGACUAUCACCAUGGCGGAACUUGGCGUGGUCAUGCGAUCUUUGGGACAGAGACCGUCCGAUACGGAACUACGAGAUAUGGUGAAUGAAGUGGAUCAAGAUGGUAAUGGUACCAUCGAGUUUAAUGAGUUCCUGCAAAUGAUGUCAAAGAAGAUGAAGGGAGCAGACGGGAAAGACGAACUACGCGAAGCGUUUAGGGUAUUCGACAAGAACAAAGACGGCCUGAUCUCAUCGAAGGAAUUACGGCACGUAAUGACGAAUCUCGGUGAAAAAUUGUCGGAGGAAGAAGUCGACGACAUGAUCAAGGAGGCGGAUCUAGAUGGCGAUGGGAUGGUUAACUAUGAAGAAUUCGUGACAAUUUUGACGUCGAAAAAUUAAUUCGUUAGUCGUCUUAUCCGACGACGAUGUUAACGGAGAAGAAGAAAAAGAGAAGGAAGUACGCAAAGUUCCUCGCCAGGAUCGUAGAUAGAAAGAAGGAUGUUUAUCGCGAUAUCCCAGCAUUCAGCAGCAGCAGCAGCAGAAGCAGCAGCAGCAAAAGAAGCAGCCACAGCAGCAGCAGCAAUGUCAAAAUCAUCGUCCUAAAAGCAACUAAACGAGCGUGUCGAAUCGAUCGAAAAUUCUCAUCGAAUUUAUCGAUUCUUCGCGCGAGAAAUUAAAGCAAACAAACAAACAAAAAAAUAAAAAAGAUUAAACCAAAAAUAAGAAAAAAAAAAAAUAAAAAAAAAAAAAAAACAUUGAAACAAUACGAUGACGUUCGCCGAUCUUUUAAAAGAAAAGCAUGUGUCCGCAAGCACGAAAAAGACACACACACACACACACACAUUAUAUACACGGUACACGAAGAAAGACGAUACGCGUACACACCUCGCUUCCUUCGAAAGGAAAUGAAGAAAAUAAAAAGAACGAAGAAAAUCCAGAAAGAUUCUCAAAUAAGAACGAGUCUAUGAAACGAAAGAAAAAAAGAAAAAGAGAGAGAGGGAGAGAGAAAGAAAAAGAAGAAAAAAUGGAAUUAACAAAGCGAGGUGGUCGUUCCCGAAACAAUCAACUGAGCUUCGUUUAACGUUUACCUACUCUACUUAAUGCUAAAACAUAAAAGAAUAGUUGUUACGAGUAUCGUUUAGGAAGAAUUCAGAUAAAAGAGAAACACCCCUCAAUCCAAACCCUCGAAUCCUUUUCUCUUUUUUCCUACCUCUCUCCCACUCCUCGUCAUCCUUAAUAAUUAGUACGAUUUAUGAUGUGAGAAAAACUAAAAUUAUAGUUAGGUCGUGUAAAAGCGGGUUUAUUAUUAGCAUAUGCGGUCGCCGUUUACGUAUGCUAUUAUUUCCCAGGAGCAAACUCAUACCCUCUCGAGGCAUGUGUGUUACCGCUAAUUUCCCUCCCAUUUCUCUUAUCCACAAGCGUUUCCCCAUCCUUCACCAACUCUCUCUUCCUUAGAUUAUAUAUGUAUAUUCUUGGUGGACGAAGUUAAUAUAAGUUUAAUGAGAAAGAAGAGGAAGAGAUAAAAAAGAAAAAAAGAAGAAGAAGAAGAAGAGAUAGACAAGGAAUAAUAAUAAUAAUAAU